AAUUAAUUAAUAUUUAAAGCAAACAAUUUUAUUUCCUAAUCUAAUCUCUAUACAUUAUACAACGAAAAUAUAUGAAUGAAUCGAUUUUUACUAAUAAUAGAAAUAUUACUUCAUUUUUACCUAAAAAUACGCCUUUAAAUGCGCACUUAAUAUAUACUUUACGUAACAUGUACUGUAGAAUCUUGGAAAUAAAUGAAAUGAAUACAUUCAUUGACAAAAUGAAGUAUGAAUAUGGAUUUUAAGCCCAUGUUAAUUAGCUUGAUUAGCGCGCAGUAUUUAACUCGUCAUUGUAAAUUCGAGGGCAGAGCUGAACAAUACGGCGUAUCUGUGACACGGACGCAAUCGAUAAAACAUUGCAGGUACCGAAAUAGUUCGAUUACGCGACGCGACUAAUCGCGUAGAAAAUUAAAAUACAACGAUGAACGGCAGCAGUCGAUCUUCGGCGUGAAUCGAACGACGUCACGCUCAGCCUCGGCAUCGUGUUAAAUAGGCUUCGAUUCCUGACCGAUACAACGCGCGCAUCGGCGAUCGUGUACCCGUGUGCUCCGCGAAAUCCGCAUCCGAAUUUAAAUCGCACGUGUGCGGAAAUCGGGGAAAACCGGAUGGCGCACUGAUGCCAACUGCGCGCGUGUGCGUGCGCGAGGUUCCCAAAUGGUGUAAACAUGGCCUCGCGGUACAGUCACGGUGUUCAGCGAGUCCUCGCGAAAUUGGAGGCGUCGAUAAACUCGGAGAAUUAUUAUGAGGCCCAUCAGAUGUAUCGAACUUUGUAUUUCAGAUACCUCAGCCAAAGGAAAUACUCGGAGUUGCUCGAAUUGCUCUACAAUGGGUCGAUGCUUCUGUUACAGCACGAACAGCAUGCAAGUGGAGCCGACUUAGGAAUUUUAUUUGUUAAUGUUUUAACACAAUCUGGAACGGUACCUGCACAAGGUUUUUUCGAGAAGAUCACGAGCUUGUUUAGUUUGAUGAGCCCUACAUCUCCAGAAAGGGAAGUGUUUGUGCAGUCUGCACUUAAAUGGAGUGUAAAGGGUACAGAUUAUAAAACUGGUCAUCCAGAUCUGCACCAGAAGAUAGCUCAAGUCUUUUGGAGAGAAAAGAAUUACAUAAUGGCGAGACAGCAUUUUAUACAUAGUAGAGAUGGUUCUGGUUGUGCCGCGAUGCUAGUUGAACUUCACGAACAACGGGGAUAUAUGAAUGAAAUAGAUCUCUUCAUAGCUCAAGCAGUUUUACAGUAUCUUUGUUUACAAAACAAAGCAACGGCGCAAGAGGCCUUCAAUUCUUAUACUUCAAGACAUCCAAAAAUAAGUAGUGGCCCGCCAUAUCUUCUUCCUUUAUUAAAUUUUUUGUUUUUCCUACUUAAAACCAUUGACAGUGGUAAACUAGCGGUGUUCACAAUUCUUUGUGAACAAUACCAGAUAUCUCUAAAUAGAGAUCCAUGUUAUCGACAGUACUUAGAUAAAAUAGGCCAACUUUUUUUCAAUAUUCCACCUCCGCGUCCACGUAAUCAAGGAUUAUUCGGUUCGUUAUUGCAAUCUUUCUUUAAUGGCCUGGAGGAUGACGAUUCGGACGACGAGCAACGAAAUACAGCCUCAACGUCGCAUGCCGCGCAAGAACUUGAUUGAUUAAAGGUGAGGCAACACUGUGCAGUGUGAUGCUGAAUACCGAACUUUUAUAUAUUAUUCCUCGACCCAAAUACUUUCACCGACCGCACCUGUGUUAAUGAAAUUUCAAGUUGUGAAUGUUAUGUUUGCAAAGAAAGAAGCUAGAGGAAUCACUGUUAUCUGAAUACAGUAUAUGAAUACAGAAUAUACAGUAAUUCUGAUGUACGUAAAUCCUUGAAAGAUGGAAGUAUGUGGGGACGAUUUAUGAGAAUUUAUCAAAGUUGUAAGUUAUGUGAAUUCACAAUAGUAAGAUUCAGAUGAAAUUCAGAUUAUUUUAUACAUAUCUCUAAUAUUACUUACUAUAUAU